CCUCCAGUGCAACCGAAUGGAGUAAGACAUAGUUCCUAUUCAGCCACACGGAAAAAUCUUUAUAUCAAUAAAGAUACCAAGAUCAUUUGUCAGGGUUUUACCGGCAAGCAGGGCACCUUCCAUAGCCAACAGGCGCUGGAUUAUGGCACCAGUCUAGUAGGAGGAACUUCACCUGGGAAGGGGGGACAAACUCAUUUGGGCUUGCCUGUCUUUAAUUCUGUGAAGGAGGCCAAAGAGCAAACAGGUGCUACUGCCUCCGUUGUCUAUGUGCCUCCUCCAUUUGCUGCUGCUGCCAUUAAUGAAGCUAUUGAUGCUGAAAUCUCUUUAGUUGUGUGCAUUACUGAAGGUAUUCCACAGCAGGACAUGGUUCGGGUUAAGCACAGACUGACUCGUCAAGAAAAGACUCGAUUAGUUGGCCCAAACUGCCCUGGAGUCAUCAAUCCUGGAGAAUGUAAAAUUGGCAUCAUGCCAGGUCACAUUCACAAGAAAGGAAGAAUUGGUAUCGUGUCAAGAUCUGGCACCCUGACAUACGAAGCUGUCCAUCAGACAACGCAAGCUGGAUUGGGACAGUCCUUUUGUGUUGGGAUUGGGGGAGAUCCUUUCAAUGGAACUAACUUUAUUGACUGCCUUGAUGUCUUCCUGAAGGAUCCUCAUACAGAGGGGAUUAUAUUGAUUGGUGAGAUUGGAGGUAAUGCUGAAGAAGAUGCUGCAGCAUUCUUGAAGGAAAAUAACUCCGGUCCUAAUGCCAAGCCGGUGGUGUCAUUCAUAGCUGGCCUGACAGCUCCUCCAGGCAGAAGGAUGGGUCAUGCUGGGGCAAUCAUUGCUGGGGGGAAAGGCGGAGCUAAAGAAAAGAUUGCUGCACUUCAAAAUGCUGGCGUUGUUGUGAGCAUGUCUCCUGCUCAGUUAGGUAGCACUAUGCACAAGGAGUUUGAGAAGAGGAAAUUGCUGUAAAAGAAAAUCCUCUGGAAUAUUCUGUCAUCCAAAUGUCAGUACAACACCUUGGCUCUUACGCUUGUUGUCCCCGACGCUUGAUCACCUUGAUAUGACUGACAUGAGUCUUUUUUUAAUUAAAUUGGACUUUAAGGGCAUACACUUUUUAUUUCAGCUUGUCCUUUGUUCAGACAUGAUCACCUGAUUGUAAAUCGUAGCAAAUUAAUAAAUUCAGCACUAAAAUUAAUAUAUAUUUUGAAUUACUGAAACUCAGUGACUCUUUUUCUCGCUUUAAAUCAUCCCAAGGUAGCAGUUGCUAAAAUAAACACAGCCCACCACUCUACCUGGAAGCUUUAAGAGCAGUUUGAAAUUUUGAUUUUUGGCGUAUGUAAAGUACUGCAUAAUAUAUGAUGCUUUAAGUAGGGUCUAGUAGCUAUUUGUGCACACACCCAGGACUUUUUUGGGGUUGGGUAGGGUUGUGGGGAUAAAAGCACUCUUACUUGGCCAUUAGUGGCUGGUAAAUACUUCAUCUAAGCUGCAGGUAGAAAUGUAUGCCGUCCACUAAACGAACAUCGCUGCAUCUACAGGGUGAAUCCUAUUGAUUCAUGCACCUGGAUGUGUAAACUUGAAUCCAGAUAUUCUGUCCAAAGCUGCUGAGCUUUAUGCAAUGUAACCCUCGUAAAUGGGGUUUACUUUUACAGUUGCUGAAAGUUUGGGGGAUUAAAACUUAAAAACUUAAAAACUAUGUUUCACUUGAGAUCUAAAAGGUGAGGCAACGGCCCAUGCAGUGGCUGAGUCGAUAUUUCAGAGUUAUAUUUUUGCUGAAGAGAGUAAUUGUAAUUCCCUAUGAAAAUGUAUAUUCAUAAUUUUGUAACUUGCAAAUUGCGUUAUUUUCCAGCUUAUUGUCUUAAUUUUCUCCUUCCACCUUUACCGGUUGGUGCAUUGCUUUGAGUGUUUUUGAAAUACUGCAAAUGAUAGGACUUGCUGCAAUGAUUUGGCAUUCUGAAAACAAAUUUGGUGAGAGAUGCUUCUUGUAAAUGAUUACCAAUGCAUCCUGGAAAUUGCAGGAAUAGAUCAACCUGGUGCCUGUAAAUGAGUAGGAGAAGCUAUAACAAACUGACUGAGUUUAAGUUGUUUUCAUUAUAAUGGAAUUAAAAUUGGCUGGGGAAACUUA